GACUCAUCCAUUCCCGGCCUUUCCCUGCUCCCUCCUGCCAACAGAUCGAUAGAGGCCCUGCCUCCAGCCACCCCCCCCCUUUGCGAUGGCAACAGCCGCCCCUUCCAACCAACGAGCCUCAGCGGGCACACGACAGCCUGCCCAAAAAGCCUAUCUUCGAAUCCAGAAAGCCCAGGAAUUGGGAUGCGAGGCUCUGGUCAAUCCCGACUUGAUGCAAGACUUGAGUAUCGGCGAGCUUAUCGAAGUUAAAAAGGCUUCCGCUGCCCCAGACGGACUCGGCGGUCAGUCAAAGUCGUCCGCGACCACCGGUUCGGCCUUGAUUCAGAUCACCACCCUCGAGCGGAGCCAUUUCCAGCACAUGCCCAACGUCUUGCUGUUGGUCUCGGAGGAGUUUGCAAAGACCUUCAAUCUGAGCCCCAGUAGCGAUAUCACGGUGGAAAAGGUUGAUAAGGAUACGGUCACGGCGAGGAAUAUCGAGCUCACUUUCCGAGAGCAGUACAUCAGCCGGUCGGACAUGUGGCGAGUCAAGAUGGCGCUCAUCGGCAAGGCGGUUUGCGAAGGCAAGAGAAUCGAGGUGUCUGGCGUUUCGGCCACAAUCAAGAGCAUCUAUAUUGACGACUCUCACUCCAAUGUAUCGCCCUGCUCGGGAUACGUCACCGCCAAUACUCGAUACACCUUCCGGUCCGAGACAGCAAAGUAUUUCAUUUUCAUCCAGAUGAGCAAGGAGAUGUUUGAUUUUGAAGAAAACGGCGAGCUCUACUUUGAAAAGUGCGUCAGCGGGUUUCUGCCCGCUCUCUUCAAGCGCUGGAAAAAAAGCAAGACCAACCACAUCGUCUCGAUCGUGCUCUUCGCGCGAGUUGUGUACGAAAAUGUGAGCGCGGAGAGCGUGCUGCCGGAUACCUACGUGCGAGACAGCUCCGGCCGAGUCUACCAGGAUUGCUACAAGGUCAUCGUCGACUGGGAAACCCGUAGCGAUUGGUCUCAAAUCCUGGGGAAGCUCAAGGAAGAAUUCAUCCAGUACUGCAAACGAACGUUGGGGCCUCGCAUGGACUCGCCGUUUGGUGCGGGCUCGUUAGCCUCUUCCUCGGAGGGCAACAUUCUCGAGGCCAUCAAUCUCGCCUUGAAUCCGUUUGACAAGCACUAUAUUGACCGCGACUUUCUCCGCACGGGACUGUUGGUUGUCAUCAUUACCCCGGGCACGGGUCUAUUUGAAGUCGACAAGAAACUUCUCCGGCUGACGACACAGCGUAUGAUCGACAACGGCAUUGGCAUGGAUCUCGUGUGUCUAUCCAACCCGCCUCUGCAUGUCGUGCCAGUGUUCAUGUUCAAGUCCACGAGCGGCCCCAAGAGCCUGAUCCUCACCCAUCCAGACUCCCCCACGAUAGGCGGUGCCGACAGGGCUGAAAGAGGGUCUGCUUUGGUGGUGGCCCCGUCGCAUGCUUUGUAUUCCGAGGAUCGAGAGGGCUACUCGAUGGAGACGUACUACGCACGAGAGCACUGGAUUGAUUACAGCUUCUGGACAAGGGCCUGGGACUCAAUCGGCGAGACGCACGACAACAACAAUAUCCCCAAGAUCAACCGCUUUAUGCCGCGUGGAAAGGUCCCUGAUAUCCAAGUUCCCAGGGGCAUGUCCACAAGCGACCCGCAGGUCCCGUUCCUGAUUGCCGCCCAAGAUGACAUUGACGACACCGGCGGAGCGACCCUUCUUGGCCACCCUGGGGUUUACAUGCGCGAUGGCGACUUUAACCGAUACGAUGAGGCUGUUUUUCGUGCGGCUGACGUUCCAAGCGAAAGUCCCCCGGCUCAGCCAGGUGAUUCGCUGUCGGCCCAGGAUACCGACAGCAGCUUCGGCAACAUCAGCAACGCCGGCGCACAGCAGUCCCACUAUCCAAAUCAAGCCGUCAUGUCAUCGAGUCCCAGCCAACGAAUGCGCGCCGAGAUUGCCCGCGGCAUUCCUUCUGGCGGACAAGCAAACUGGGGAGGCUACGGAAUGCACGACGAACCUUCACUGCGGCCACCGGAUAUGCGCGGCGGGCACCGCAUGGCACUGACAGGCGGCAUCCACAUCAACCGAUCGCCCGAAAACUACGAAAGCAUACUGCGGCCCUCCAGCUAUUCCCAUCACGGACUGUACAAGAGCCAUGUGCUGCCCGGCGCCAUCGACACCGAAGUGCUGGCAUCAACUUUGCAUGACGGCUUUGAUCGGCGCAUCGAGGAUCGAAACACCAUCCACUCCACGACAACACCCAUGAACAUCCACAAACCUGCGAGUGAGCACAGCCGCACGGGAUACUCUGGCUCCUACAAAACAAACACCUCGUAUAUGGACGGCCACUCGCGCAACUCGUCGCGCCACGGCCCGUCUACCUGGGGUGGAGUGGAUCAGUGCAUCAUCAAUCCGUACAACUUCCAGGGCCACCAUGCACCGGCCUCAAGUAACAGCACCCGAUGGAAGCACGUCUACCCGAACGAGUACGGACGAGAUGUCAAAAAAGACGACUCGACCAACUGGAAGUCGCUGUGCACUCCUGCUUGCCUGCCCCUGACCACGGACUACUUCCCGAUGAUAAACGAGCCAGCAAACGGCAGCAAAAGCAACGCGAGCGAGUCGCUGUAUCGAGAGUACUCCUAUUUGGUCUCGCCCUCGGAAGACAUCGGCCCCUAUCAAGUCAACAACAUCACCGAGCAAGAACGGGUUGCGAUUCUCCUGAUUGAGCUGAUCGCCCAACGACUCUCGCAGGGGUUCCAGCUUAUCCUGCCGUCCAGCAUUGAGCAAUCUCAAAAGGCCCAGCCUCAGUCGCAACGAAGUCUUCCAGAGACAAGCCAGUCUUUCCUCGAAGCCAGCAGCCAGCUCGUGACUGGAAACAAGAGAAUCUUUCCCGAGAACAAUGUCUACACUCGGCUGUUUCUCUCGUCCCCCUGCUAUCUCUCGCUUGGGGAUCAAGUGCACAAGCUGUUUUUCGAUAGCACUGGCAAAAAUGUCGAGGUCAAGCGCCACAUUCGCAACGUCCAGUACCAGAAGAAAGGCGAAGAUCUGGUCUCAGGGAACUACACCGACAUGAUUGACGGAUUGCGGUUCUGGCGCGUGCGCUUCCUGUUGGUGCCUCAGAUCAAACCACCGUCAGCCUCCGAGUUCAAGAUCAACGAAAAGCUUAGCGAUGAAGAGUUGCGCUUGACAGCAUUCGAUCGGUUUAUCGAGUUUUUGGAAAAGUCGAUCUGGAUACCAUCACAGGACUCAGCCGAAACUGAAGGCGACCGCAGCGGAUCUGGACACGAUAACCUAAUCAAGGUCCAGGUGACGACGUUCACCAACGUGGCCUUCCUCCAGUCGGGCCAGCAUCGAAUCGCGGCAGAGUCCAGUCGGUUCAAGACCGAUGGCAGCACUCGCCCUCCAGAUGACGCUCACCGCACGUCUCGCAAGAACUCGGUCUGUCUGCUGACCCAGAAUUCGCCCUUGGUCGACAUUGCCUGUGAGAUGCAACAUCCCAAGACGGGUCUGAGGAUCAUCAACGCCCGGUGGCAUUUUAAAUACUACGAAAACAUCUUUAUCGGCAAAGAGUGCGUCCAGUGGCUGAUCGACCACUUCAGCGACAUCAGCACCAAGGAUCAAGCCAUCGCCUUCGGCAACGAGCUGAUGGCCAAGGGCGUCAUCGAGCAUCCCCGUGUCGAGCACAAGUUCCUUGACGGCUACUUCUUUUACCGCUUCACCCCAGCCUUUUUCGCCGAAGGCGGUGUGCUCAAAGGGCAGGGCAAGUCCACGAGCUCCAGCGCGGCGCAGCGAGACUCCUCUGCGCCCGAGCAAUCGAUCCCCGCGCUGCCAGUGCCGAUCACUGGGCUCCAAAGCCAAGUCAACCACGAUAUUCAGGCGUCGAACAACAAGAACGGCGCCUUGAGCGAGACACCGUUUCUGUUGUCGCGCCAGGUCAUGAUCGAUCUGGAUCCCGGCCACCAGAGCCAUCGCCGCGAAAUUGCCACGCUGCAUUACGACACCCUCCACAAUUCUCGGACCUGCUUUCAUCUGGAGCUGCACUGGCUGGUGUGCUCUCCUCGUUUGAUCCAAGAGCAGCUGUCACAAUGGUACCGGAUGAGCGAGAAAAUCGGCUUGAAGCUGCUUGAGGCCCCGGUCAUCCCGGCAAGCACCUCUGCCAACGACAAUCCCUUCCAGUCCAUUAUCUCGAUCACACUGGCGUGCCAGCCGCCGUCGUGCCCGGACUCUCCGCUCCACCACAAGCUUCCGCCUGGCGUCAACAUCCCGACUCAGUGGUUCGAGUCCGAGCUACUCAUGAGAUUCGGCUUUAUUCUGGAUCUGGAAGCCGACCACCUGUUCCCGAACAGCUCGGUCGAGUACUCGUACCCCAGAUCACCCGUCGAGCACACACAGUUUAUUCAUUUGCAGGGCAUCGCUAUCAUCCAAAUCCGCGAGCCUGGACAGGGCUUCUACUGGAUCAACAACCGGCUUCGCUUGACAGGCGGGUCUUCCAGCCGCUCUUUGCUCAACCAGGCCAAGGCGACUGGAGGCGACACAGCUUCCGCCAUCGAUAGCUCGGGUGAGCGUGUUGAUCAAGCCGCCAACUACAGUGACUCAAAGACCACCAUCGAAGCCAUCAUUGCCCAUUACGCGCAGUACACCGACCCCGACCUCCUCCGAGACGAUAUCGUCCAGUUUGUGCAAAACGCAGAGAAGCUCGAAGCCUUCUGGAGCCACUCGCUGGAGCGACUGAGGGUGAUUGCUGGCUACAACGUCGAUCUGUCCAACACCCGCGCAGCCACCGCUGCUGCAGCCGUGCCGCCAAAGAGCGCCCCGAUCCCAGAGAAGCUCGGGAUGUCCGAGCGAACAGCGAUUGGCAGCACCCCACCGCUCUCGCCGCUGGCGACCGGUCUUCCGAGUACCCAGGCGUUCGCGAUCCCAAUUUCAGCGGCAAGGCCACUUGCAGACCGAAGUCUGCAGCACUCGAGCUCGUCUAUCCCUGCGUUGGCACGGCGACCCAGCGAGAGUCGCGAGAGCCGCGACAGUCUCAACGCCGGUCUGGAGGCUGCCGAAAGCGUCAAGAGCCCCAUGUCGCCCGGAAUGUCGGCCGCUUCGGCGGUUUCGGCUACCCGUCACGAAUUCAUGACUCCGGCAUCGCAGCUUUCCAAGAACCUUUCGUAUGGGGACAUGGCCGGAUAUGGACACACAAGCCCGCGUUCCUCCAAUAUGUCUGUCUCAGGCGUCACCCGACCACGAAGCUUCACGCUGCCCCUGAGUCGCAGCAUCCACGAGUAGUUUUUACAGUCUAUCCAGAAAGAAACGGGACAGUCACUUUCUGGCUUCUGAAACCUGCCGAACUUCCGUAGGCCCCGGUGAGCAAGCCGUGAGAUUGUUUCCCGUCUUGGUUGGCAAUCUCUUUGUUUUUGGUUGGUUUCGGGAGCACAGUCUUGAAUACACUCGGUCGAUCUCCAUGGGCGAUGAUCGACUGGCAUACCGAGAUCAUGUUCCUUGAGGCAUUGAUGUCUCGAUGUGGGAGUGUGGUGGAUGCAUUCGACCCUCUGCACAGCUUCAUGGUUUCUCGAUAUCAAGAUGCUCGGGUGACUCGAGUCGCUUGGCUUCCCGACAAUGUGGGCACACCUGGGAUGUGUUGAACUCGUUCACCGAGCACACAUGGAUCUUGG